AUCUGCAAGACGAGCAACAUCUCCGCUGGCCCGCAAUACGACCAACUUUUACAAACGCGUUCGCCGCAACUUUCAACUGAAAAUCGCGAAAAACGCCGCGUACCACCUAUCUACCUACCUAUUUGCGAUGACGUACAUUUUUUUGAGAAGUUUCGUCGCUCUUACUCUGUGCUGUCUAAUCGUGGACGCAAAAGGAGCAAUCUACUUGACGACCAAAAAUGGAACAUUUCCAAUAACGCUGACAUCCUUCAAGUCCCACGAAAGCUCGGGGAGGGACACUCCAAAGAUUUUAUCUUCAACCGCUAAAAAUCUGUCAAGAGACGAUGACGCCUAUUGGGACGAGAGAUCUGACACGUUGCUCUCGAGCUUUGUCAACGAUACCUAUGAGGAUAGCGAAUCAAGCGGGUGGAAGACAAAUCAAAAGAGGAGCAUUAACGAUGCCGUAUCGAAAAACAUCACGUUGGUGCUUGAAAAUCUAUUGAAGAAUUAUGAAAAUUCCCAACUACCCACUCACGGUAAAGGUUACCCUACUGUGGUUCAGACGAAUAUAUUAAUAAGAAGUAUGGGACCAGUCUCUGAAUUAGACAUGGAUUAUUCAAUGGACUGCUACUUUCGACAAUACUGGCGAGACACGCGUCUCUCCUUCCUCGGCCCGAUAAGAUCGUUGUCGCUCUCGAUCAAAAUGCUGGAAAGAAUAUGGCGGCCAGACACCUACUUCUAUAAUGGGAAACACUCUUAUGUCCACACUAUCACUGUACCGAACAAGUUGCUGAGGAUCAGUCAACACGGUGACAUUCUAUACUCUAUGAGGUUGACUAUCAAAGCAAAAUGUCCUAUGGAGCUCCGGAAUUUCCCGAUGGAUCGACAAUCUUGCCCGCUUAUCCUCGGCAGCUAUGCCUACUCCAAUCAACAGUUAGUGUACCAGUGGCAGAAUUCCCAAAGCGUCAACUUUGUACCGGGCAUGACUCUAUCACAGUUUGAUCUGAUCAGCUUCCCUUACCGGAAUUUCACUUUUACGAGACGAGAAGGUGAUUUCUCAGUGCUCCAAGUGUCGUUCAACCUUCAAAGACACACAGGGUAUUUCCUCAUUCAAGUGUACGUGCCCUGCAUUCUCAUUGUUGUUUUGUCGUGGGUCUCAUUUUGGAUCCAUCGUGAGGCCACUUCAGACCGGGUGGGUCUCGGAAUUACAACGGUCUUAACGCUCUCUACAAUCAGUCUGGAUUCGCGCACAGACCUGCCUAAAGUGCGCUACGCCACCGCGCUGGAUUGGUUUCUACUAAUGAGUUUCUUCUAUUGCAUCGCGACACUACUCGAGUUUGCUGGAGUGCAUUAUUUCACAAAGGUCGGAUCCGGUGAGAUAGUUAUAGACGAUUCUGAAUGGGAGGACUUGAUCGAAGAAGUAGGUGGUGACGCCUUUGCAGCGCGACAACUGGCUGUGCGGCGACGUAGCUCUACUAGAUCUAGUGCUAAUUUUAAUUUUCCUGCAACGUCAGACGACCAAGAAUCUACCGAACUGCCGCCGCCACCCACGGAGCAAACAGCCAUCCGACUCACGAUGGAGAGGACGACGCAAACCGAAGUGAGAGUGCCGCGGUGGAGGCAGCUGUUGUACUGCCUCGCCGGGGACGACCAGUACCGGCGACAGAGGCAACGGGAGGCUGGUAAUCGCGGCCACAUCAACAGCGUGUCUCACAUAGACAAAGCUGCGCGCGUGCUGUUUCCGGCGUCCUUCGCACUGCUCAACCUCUUCUACUGGAUGGUGUACGCCUUCUCUAACGACACCUUCGCCUGGAGUGACAACCCCAUUAACACGCUAUCACAUUGAGCAAUCUUAGCCACUUUGCAUUUAUUUCAGUGCUACUGUAAUUAUGUAAUCGCCCAAUAAUAAGGCCUCAUUCACACGAGAGCUUUUUUAAAGUCCGUUAAAAAAGCGUUCAAAUAGAACAAAUGCAUUCCCAAGUAUCUGUUCACACGUCAACGCUUUUUUAACGCUCGCGCGAAUUAGGGCUAA